CGGUUUAUUAGUAUGGCGGAACCCAUGCAGUAAAUCAACGAUAAGCUGUUGUUCGAUUUGUUAAAUAUAGAGAGAAGUAAAAACUAUAACAAUGUCAGGUGAUAUGGAAAAGUUUGAUGGAAUGCUCCUAACUAUGGCGCAGCAAUGUGACGGAGGCAUUCAUGAGGUUUUUGAUUACAUAUUUUCAUUUUUGGCAAGAAAAACUGACUAUUAUACUGGCGGUAAGGAAGGAGAAGCUCAAAGGAUUUUGUUGGAAAAAUUUAAGAAACAUCAGAAGGGUGCAUUGCAGCGAGUAGCCCAAGAAAAGGAAGAGAGGGAAGAACAAGAACGUCGUAGAAAAGAGAGGCUGAGGAAAAAGCAAGAGGAGGAACAACGAAAGGAGGCACAGAUACAAGAAGUAACUGAUGAAGAGGCUGCUAAAAUUCAACAGGAAAUAGAGGAAAAGAAAACAACUAAACAGGAAGAACCUCCUAAGGAAAAAAAGGAUGAGAGCGAUGAAGAGGACGAAGACGCUAAAGGAAAAAUUAAACCUAACGCAGGAAAUGGAUGCGAUUUAGAAAAUUAUAAAUGGACUCAAACACUAUCUGAAGUCGAAGUUAGAAUACCUUGUAAAGUCAAUUUUCCUGUUAAAGGCCGUGAUGUUAUCGUUGAAAUCCAAAGACAUAAACUAAAAGUUGGUUUAAAAGGCCAUCCUCCGAUAAUAGAAGGCGAGACAUAUGCAGAGUUGAAAGUUGAAGAAUCGACGUGGUGCAUCCAAGAUCGAAAGGAAAUAUUAAUAAAUAUAGAAAAGGUUAACCAAAUGGAGUGGUGGAGUAGGUUAGUAAAAACUGAUCCAGAAAUCAACACCAAGAAAGUACAGCCAGAAAAUUCGAAGCUAUCGGAUUUGGAUGGCGAGACAAGAUCUAUGGUUGAAAAAAUGAUGUUUGAUCAAAGGCAAAAAGAGAUGGGAUUACCUACAUCUGAUGAACAAAAGAAGCAAGACGUGUUACAAAAAUUUAUGAAGCAGCACCCUGAAAUGGACUUCUCCAAGUGCAAAUUUAAUUGAAGCUAUAAAAAUAUCAAAUUUCAAAUAGCUGCCUAGUUGUUUGAUUUUGAUUUAACUCUUGUGAACGAUCAAUUAAUUGUUAUUCUCAUUUUCUAACGGCUUUUCAAAAUAAAAUAAUUAAAAGCGGAUACGAAUUUACUUUUAUUUUUAUCAUUUUUACUUCUGAAGGACGAUUUUCUUUUAAUCGAAACGACAAACUUGUUUAACUUUCUUUCAACUAGUCAGGCUAUUUUAAUUGGUCAUGUUUAUUCUUUUUCGUACAGUCUGCUUCAAAUGGCUUUGAAACUCUUUGUCCGCUGUGGACAAGUAACUAGGAGUUGAAUGUCCUUGUUUUGUUUUCUUUUCUGUUGGGCGUUGCAGUUCUUGUUUUAUUUUCUCUAAUAUACAGCCCUGACUAGGGCAUUGAGGAUGACAAUUUCCAGCUGAGAAAUUAUCAUAUAAAUCAAAUUCGAUUACAUUUUCUGGAGAACUCUUUCCAACUCUUUCGAGUUUCUUUGAUCGACGUGAAAAGGUCUUAUGAUGACGUCUUUCUUCGUCUUUAAACAUUUUCGGAAGUUUAUGACAUUUUAAUCUCCUUCGUUCACUUUCGGACUGUUCAAAACAAUCUUGUUCGUCCUCUAUAUCAUCAGAGUAAUCUGAUGGAUUUUUUUCCAAAGUGUAAAUAUCAUCACAUUCAAACGGUUUAUCCGAAUAUGCAUGAAUGUAAUCUUGGUUUUUGUCGAAUUGAGCGUAGGAAUCGUUUAGUUUAUCCAUUACAUGACUUAGAGUUGAGUGAUUCAAGUUACUAAUGUUAUCUAUUUGAAAACAUUGUAUUGGAGAAUUCUCUCUUGUGCGUGGAAUUUGAUUUUUUCCAAAUCGAGAUUUCUUAAAUGGUGUCGACGAAUUACAAGCAUUAAUAUUUUCGCUCGAUAAGUCAGUAUUUCCGGCUUUCUUUUUGUUUAAGUCUUCUGAAAUGUAUUCACGGUUUAAAGGACGAUUUACAGAUGUCAGAGCAGGCUUUUGAUAUUUUGAAUUUUCUAAAGUUUCAUUUGUGGAGGUGUCACAAGUCGAAUUUUCCGUAUAACUGUAUUGUGAGGGAUUACUACGAACUUCAUUUUCUAGAUUUUUAGUUUUUGAUAGCCUAUCGUAUUCUUCUUCAUUGUCGGGCGCAGCUGAAGAACUAUCAUAACAGUAGGACGAAAACUUUUGUAUGAGGUCUGAAUUCCUCAAGGUGUGUGGUUGAACUUUUUCUAAGUCCUCGUUAGCAUAAUUAGGCUCUAACUGUUUUGCCGAUUUCAUAGAUGUUAAUUCAUUUUCCAUUCUAAUUGAUCUGCUUCUCUGUCCACUACUUCCGUCUUUUGAAUUCGAGUAGUAACUGGUAGUCUUCUUGGAGCUUUCGUAAAUGCCUUGAUUCCUACUGUCCAUUGUUCGAAAGUCAUUCCUACUAUCCGAAGAUAUCUCUGGUACCGCUUCCAACUGCAUACUGUGGGAAUUUUUAUUUUGAGAUUCUUUAUGUGAUCUAUUAGGUGAUGAGGAUGUUUCGUUUCUUCCUCUAUCAGCAGAUAGAGUAGUAUCUUUGCAAGUGUCUGAUAAUUUCUCCUCGUUAUUUAAGGUAUCAUUUUCAUCAAGCCUCUCUUUUUUAAUUUUAUUAUACUCUUCAAACACUUUUAUAAUGGCAUCUGCUAAACACUGUAAAUUGUCAGUUAAUUUGAUAUUUAAGCAUAGAGUAGUGCUGUUAUCAAAAUCAAUCUUUAUGGUAUUAUCUUCUCUUUCUUCUUCUUUAGCAGAUUUAGUUUGCAUUUUAAUAUUUUUAAUCUCUUUUUCGCUCUUAGGUGACCAUUCUUUUGGGAUUUUAUAUCGACAUUUACGCGAAUCUAGUACUGUUUCGGGUAAUUUACUUAAUAGUUUUCCGCAUUCAUUUAAGAAUUUCUUUUUUCUUUGAAGACUGCCGGAAUUGCUUUGUUCAAAAUAUUCUAGUUCAUUAAAACAGGAAGAGUUUUUUUCUUGGCUAUGAUUCAUAACUUCAUUCUUUUGGAACAUAAUCAAAAAAUGUAUUUAUAUUUUCCAAAAAGAUAAUGGAAU